AUUGCUAGUUUAUACACAGUCUGUACUGGCCCAAACAUUUUAUUUCAACUUUUAUAUGGAGUUACUUAUAAAUAUGUAAACAACGACUACACCUAUCUGCGUGAAUGAACCUCAACCUGUAGCAGGAUGUUUCAUUCAGUAUUGAAGUUUAAUGCUCAGCAUACAGUUCAUAUCAACUGUGCUUGGUGCAAAGUUCUCAGUAUCUAAAGAAGAAAAUAAAAAUGAAGAGACAGUGUAAAGAAGAGACAGUGCUUCUGUCCGAAAUAUAUUAUCAUAGGCACUGGAACUGAAACUUACUGAUCCAGAGCUUCUAUAUAAGCAAUGAAUCAUUAUAAAGUGCUCAGAAAAGAAAGGGGAAGAUUGCAGGGCACAGUGCAUUGGUUUCAAUUGACUGUCAUAAAGUAUCAUGUAGUGGCAGCAGAAAAAAUGCAACUGCUUGAGAAAUUAACAGUCCACUAUACAAGAGGAGUUUUUAUCUCAUUGGAGAACUGUGACAAAGAGGAAGAAAUGGAAACAGCACCAACUUUCAAUGAUGGCAACCGUUUGAUUGACAUGGUUCUUGUGUACAAAAAUGAUGAGAAUUCAAGAAAACCUCUCAUUUAUCGACAGAAAUAUGAAGAAAACUUAAUAAAGCAUGGAUUACAGUUGGAAGAUGAGAUCGCAGAAGAAAAUGGCUUGGUGUUUACCAAAGUACACACACCUGAUGCAGUGCUUGAAAGAUAUUCUGAGUCAAGUGGGAUAAAGAAGCCAGCAUUACUUUUUGGGAAGAGUGAAAUGAGAGAACUGCUGGAUGAAUGCCGGAGGAGAGGCAGUCUGCAGCUCAGAGGAAGGAACCGUGCAAGUUAUUUCAGUGGGCAACAAAGGACCUUCAUAACUUGGCAGCUAAUGACAACAGCAUAUUUCUCUGAUAACGAUAGGGGCAUACAGAAACUUCUGAGUAAUGGGACAUAUGUUGCCGCAUACCCACUGCAUGAUGGACUGUACAAAUCUAAGACAGUUAAGCAAGACAGCUGUAAGAGAGAGAUGCUGUACAGAGACUGGGCAUCUCCAAAAAACUGGUAUAGGAAGCAACCACUUCAUGAAGUGAGAAACUACUUUGGAGAAAAAGUCGGACUGUACUUUGCCUGGCUUGGUUUCUAUACAAAAAUGCUUAUACCAGCAUCAGUAUUUGGAUUCAUAUGUUUUCUAUAUGGAUUAAUUGCUCUCCUUUGUAAUUCUGAAGAUUCUUUCCCGAGUCAGGAAAUUUGUGAUGAGAAAGGAGCAGGCAACAAGACAAUGUGCUCAGCCUGCAAUAGGGCUUGUACCUACACACGACUUUAUGAGUCCUGUCUAUACAGUCGGGUCAGCUACGUUUUUGAUUCUCCUGCAGCAGUUGCCUUUUCCAUAUUCAUGGCCUUCUGGGCAUGCAUCUUUCUGGAAUUGUGGAAGAGGCGGCAGGCUGAAUUGGCAUGGCUCUGGGAUCUUUCUGAGAAUGAAGAAGACUUCAACCUGCGACCAGAAUUUGAAGGUUCUGUCAAGACAAGAAAGUUUAAUGUUGUUACUGGUAGGGAAGAACCACAUCUCACAUUCUGGAACAAAUCUGUGCGUCUUUUCACUUCUGCAUCUGCUGUUGCAUUUAUGGUAGCAGUGGCUGUGACUGCAACUCUUGGUGUAAUUGUCUACAGACUGUCUGUUGUAACAGCAAUUUAUGCUGCUGGUGGUUACAUAAAAAAAUACUCAAAACUGAUUACUUCUGCUACAGCCUCCCUUAUAAAUUUGGUUGUCAUAAUGCUUUUGACACAGAUGUACACAUCGUUAUCAAGAGUUCUCACUAACUUGGAAAACCCCAGAACAGCUGGAGAGUAUGAGAAGAGCAUUACAUUUAAAAUAUUUGUCUUCCAAUCAAUCAACUUCUAUGCUUCUCUCAUAUACAUAGCAUUUUUUAAGGGACGAUUUUACACUUACCCAGGAGAUGUGGAAAUAUGGGAGUCACCAAUCAAAACUAUGAGUGCUGAUAUCUGUGGACCAGCUGGCUGCAUGUCAGAUUUGCUUAUCCAGCUAGCAAUUGUAAUGGUUGGCAAACAAGUGUACGGAAACAUCAUAGAAGUUCUAACGCCGUCACUGAAAAACUGGUGGAGAAAACGGUCAGCCAGGAAAGGUGUUGUUCAAUUAACAUCUCCCUGGGUAAGGGAUUAUACACUUGUACCUUUUGAUUCACUUACACUCUUCAGGGAGUAUUUGGAAAUGGUGAUUCAGUAUGGAUUUGUGACAUUAUUUGUGGCAGCAUUUCCUCUAGCUCCACUCUUUGCUCUUCUAAAUAACAUUGCAGAAAUUAGAAUUGAUGCAAUGAAACUGACUACUCAGUUGCGACGCCCACUUCCGAGAAGAGUGAAAGAUAUUGAACCAUGGUAUGGAAUUUUGUCAGCAAUAACAAGUGUUGCUGUUGCAGUAAAUGGCUUUGUUAUAGCAUACACAUCAGACUUUAUUCCUCGACUGGUGUACAAAUAUGCAUAUUCACCAGAUGGUUCCCUAAAAGGUUAUGUUGAUUUCAGCCUUUCAGCAUUCAAUACAUCUGACUAUGGAGCAGGUAUGGGGCCAGAUACAAGUCCUGGAGAUUAUUAUCCUGAAGUGUGCUAUUACCAGGGUUUUAGAAAUCCCCCUGGCCAUCCACAUCAAUAUGAGUACUCGCCAGUUUACUGGCAUGUCUUUGCUGCACGCAUGACUUUUGUUGUUGCAUUCGAGCAUAUUGUGUUCAUACUAACAGGACUGCUAGCUUAUAUCAUUCCUGACACAUCACGGACAGUGAGGCAGCUACAGCAAAGAGAGAGAAUAGUAAUAAUGGAAAGGCUUGCUAGUAUCUCUAGACAAGGGAGAGAAGAAAACAACACACAGUCAUAGCAGCAGAAACUAUUACAUCUGCUGAUGUGAUGGACAUUCCCUUUAUCCUGCUACAAACUAUGCCUCAGUUUAUUCAUGAGAAAAUAUUGCAUUUUAAAGGACAUUUUUUAAAAAAAAGACAUUAUUUACUUGUAUUGAUUUGUACCAGAGAAUAAGAAAUAACAAGGAGAUUCGAGAAAAUGACUAUCCUUCAUUGUGGCUAAAUAUGUUGUUGCUGAUUGUAUGCAGCCACACAGGGACUUUUGCAAAACUAAAAGUUGCGUGGACAUAGGAUCUAAUAAUUUGAACCCAAAUCCAGUGAUCUUGUGUUGCAAUUAUGGAAUCUAAGCUACCUGUUUUUUUUCCAUAGUUUUCAUGAAGUAACUCUUCAA